UUUCAAAAAAAGAAGAAAUUCUCAAAGUGGCUCUAAAAAUUCUGUCCCUGAGAUUUCGAAAUUGAAAGGUGUUAAAUUUUUUUUAAAUAUAUCGUCAUUUUUCGUCUCGGAAGUGAAGAAGAGCAAAAAAAGUGUGAUUUCUUUUUGGGUGGCCAGAAUGAUCAGUUUAGCGCAAGCCAGAUCGACAACGACGACAAGCUCUCGAUUUGUAAUUUCGCUUCGCCUACAAACACCCUGAGUUUUGAAGAAAAAGAAGUGAUAAGCCUAUAUCCGGGAGGGGCGUUCUGUGAUAACAAAAAAAAAAAAAAAUAAAGUUUGACAAUAAAACAGAAUAAUUAAAUCUCGACACAAAGUUGGAGAGGAAUUAUUCACCAAAAAAAAAAAUCUCUGCGGAAAUUAUACAACAUCACACAAAUCAUAAUGGAUAUCCAUCUUGUUAGGUUAAUGAUCGCUUGUUGGUCUCUAUUGACCUUAUGCGUUGCAGUACGUUGCAGCCCGGUUUAUCCAAAUGUCAACUUCCUGUCAAAGCCAAAUUUUGAGCCAAUGUGCACAAAUCAACAGGAACGUUUCAUUGAAAGUGAAGGCAAAGAAUCUAGUCUGAUAUUGGAAUUUAAUCCUGAUGAAACUAAAAAAGAAUCUUGCAUGCGUAUUCUGAGUGCUCCCGAUUUUCAUGGUUUCAUAGUGAGAUUAAUUCGACCAAAAAUACGAACAUCUUUUCACAAUGCUCACGCUGGUCCACCACCUAAGGAUGUUGACAAAGUGCAUAGGAAUCGAACGUGUCCUCUUAAAAUUUUUAGUUCAUUGGAACCACAGAUACCAUCAUGGCAAGUUGAUCCUUGUCAAUUAGAAGACAGCUCAAUGGAUAUGGAAGAUCCAGUUAAAUUAUUUCAAGGACGUUUACGUGUAGUAUGGGAACACGGUGGACAUGAACUGUCAUCGAAAUUGAUGAUAACAGUUUUGGGGAAAGGUGAUGCAUGCCAGGAAGACAACAAACAUCCAUGUUUGAAAAUUGGCCUGGAACCUCUACUUUGCAUAUCCAAAGCUCUCGUAUGCGAUGGCAUACGCCAUUGCCCAUACAGCAAUGAAUACGACAGUGACGAAGACAACGAAAUGUGUUGGAAUCAUAAGAAAAUUGACGACGGUGACAUACUUGAACAAUGGGCGUUAGAAGUUUUUCGAAAUCUCUUCGCCUUCGAUGUACCACCUCCAAAUACCGAAGCAAAUACAACCAAAAAUCCAUCAACAGAAAAAUCCGAUGGAAAUCCAAAAAAUAAAACUGUCGGUGAGAAUAUGGCCAGUGGAAGUGGUUACACAAGACGCAAUUCAACACGACUCGGUCUCAAUAGUGACCUCUCGAAAUACGGUCCCUGGGGUUAUUUGAUGCUGGGCAUGCUUCUAUGCGGAGGAGCCCUCCUCAUAUGUGGUUUAUGGGAAUGCUGUUUCCUUAACAAAUCCGAUCACACAAUUACAGCUUCCGCAUCGCAAUCAGCCCACAAUGACUCGGAUGCCUCCAUGCAACAGGGCAACAUCACAAUAGAACACCAGUCAACGCCACCCAACUACGAGGAAUUGGAUCCUCCACCACCCUAUUCCGUUCUGUUUCCCAAUCAAAAAGCUGUAACUCCUGAGGCGGUGGACACUACCGCAGUCACUUCAGCAUCUGUAAUGCCAACAAGUACAAGCUCCGAGCCAAAUACAAGCUCCACACCAACACCGACGCCAGCGCCAACGGCACCACCAAAUUCCGAGAUUACAGUCACCUCCUAGCCUACUGCCUUAAUAGUUUAUUAACUUUUUUUUAAAUUGUAAUUAAUAAUUUUAUAUGACUGACUGUUUAUGCUUAUAAUUAUGCUCAUCAGCUUUUUAAUUAAAGUUUUUUAAGUAAAAAAACAAAAAAAUUGUAAAAAAAAAAUAGAAAAACAAAAAUUACACUAAUAUUGUCGGUAAGGUAGUUUUUAUAAUGUAGCUGUGCUGCGCGCAUCGAGUAUGGAUGUUUUUGUUGUCUAAUUUUUGUAGAAAAUUGUGAAUCUGCGAGUGAAUGAAUCAAGAUUUCUUAUUUGAAUUUGAAUUUCGAAAUUGUGUCUUCUCAGAUACUUUUCUAAAUUUUCUUUUGUAAAAGUUUCUUUUAUUUUUGUUUUCUUUGUAAAAAAAAAAUUAAGAACAAAAAUAUUGUAUGUGAUAUGACUAAAGUGUCUGGGAAUGAAUACAUCUCGGUUUUCUAUUAAAAUAAAUACGUAUAAAUUGUGUUCUCUAGUUGUAAGUUAUACUUUUUUUCGAAGUUAUGAAAGUGACCUGCAUUUGUAAGUCGGUCUUUAUAUAAAAAUAAUAAAUUAUGACUUUUACUGUGUAUAAUGUUAUCAGAAUAUCGAAUUUAAAUUGGAUUUUGAAAACACACAAAAAGUAGAAGGAAUUAAUAAUAAUGUAAAGAUUAGAGUAUAAAAUGAACUUAUUUAUGUGAAAUAAAUUGUAUUUAAGAAA